GUCUCAAGCACUUUUUCUCUCUCUCUCUCCUUGAACGUACGCACUUGCUCUCUACCCACUCCGCUGUCCAGCAAGUAUCUAACCCACCCGCCCACUUCAACCCGUCCCUCUGAGAUUGACCUGCUUGCUGACUGCUGUAUGAGGGACAAGAAAGCACAUAACACUGGCUGUCCAGAUCUAAUACUGAUGGACCAAUAGAAUCUGGACCUCAAAUAGAGACAGGCGGACUGGAAAGACGUUUUCGACAGUGACGGUGGAUGGGCUAAUCCCUCGCGAGGCUUCGUCACCACUCCGGCCGGUGCGGCCCAUGGACCUGCGUACCCACGGGCUGGUGCGACCCGGGCUGGAAUCAGCCAUGCUGGCCCCCCACCUCCCCCCAUUCCUGGGGGCCUUCUCAGCCCGGCACUGUGCCAAGUACUCCCAGCAGCACCUGCCACAGCACAUCCAGUACGAGUAUGACAGGGAGCAGAGUCGGCAGGAGAAAGAGCAGGAGAAGAGGCAGGAGCUGCAGCAGCUGAUGCACAAGGAUAAGAGCGAGCAGAGUGCUGUGGCCAGUCCCCUGGUGAAACAGAAACUCAGAAGCCAAAUCCUGAAGAGGAAGGAGCAGGCCUCCCUGGAGAGGACCGCCUCCAACCUCUUCAGCAGCACCACGCCCAGGGGUUACAGGGAAUUGGCCCCAGAUCCUGACAUGACCCCAAAGCCUCACAUGGUGACCCCUGAUGUCCAUCAUCCACUAUGUGACCAACGCAAGGACAUGCCCCUCAGAAGAACAGCCUCGGAGCCCAUCCUGAAGGUGAAGAGUAAACUGAAGAAGCACAUCAACUCCAGACAGAACCCUCUCCAACGCAAAACCAGUGCUCCCCCUACUGUCAAGCACAGAACGCCGGACACUCUGGACUAUUCCCCCAGCAGCAGUAGCACUCCAGUGUCGGGGUGCAGCUCGCCCAAUGACAGCCUCCUCUCGGAUAGCCCACUUACUACCGGACUGGCCCACGAGGCUCAGAGGUUGCUGCUCCAGGAUGGCACACUGGCCCAUUUCUCCUUGCCCUGCUCCACCGCCCUGCCCACCAACAGCGCCAGGCUGCCCGCCCAGGGUGACAGGGAGUCGGGUGGCCAUCAGAGGGUGGCCAGGGUACUGCCCCAGGUCUACCUGCCCAUGGAGGGCCUCAGUGCUGCCCAGCUGGCCCACCAACGCCUCCAGCCCCUGCUCAUCCUGGAGCCCUCAGUGCUGCUGCACACACAGCUAGUCACUGUGCGAGGCCUGAGCCCGGGCCAUCUCCAGUACCCCUCCUCCAGACUGGAAGGCCUGGCUCCCCCGGGCCUCCACAGACCCCUGGGUCGGACCCGCUCUGAGCCCCCGCUGCACUCUCACCACCACCAGCACCAGUUAAUUCAGCAGUACCACAACGCACUGCUGCUGGAGAGACUCAAACAGAACACACACCUGGGCAAGCUCAUGACCAAGUCCAGUGAGAAGCCUCGUGUCACACAGAUCCCCUCGAAGGACAUGGACCCGGCGGAGACCGGGCCUGGGGACGGCUACCAGAGGAGGACACAGAGUGGGACCAGUAGCACUGAGUCAAUGUGGGACACAGAGUCCACCUCCUCAGGCGAUUACCUAGGAGAUCACACCAUGGAACACACACCUCUGAUGAAUCAGUCGUUUCGUUGGGAGCAGCCCAGGCACCACCAGGUCYUGACAGACAGGCGUAGACAAGCGACCCACCUGGACCCCCUGGGUGUGCCCGUGGUUCUGGGCCCUGCACACCGCCCCCUCGGUCGCGCCCAGUCCUCCCCCGCCUCCACCUCUCUCCCUCCUCCUCCACAGCCCACGGACACCCCACAGUCUCUGGCCGGCCCUGGUCCGGAGACCACCGCCAAGCUACGCUUCACCACUGGUCUGGUGUAUGACUCUCAGAUGCUGAAGCACCAGUGCACCUGUGGCGACAAUAGCCGACACCCCGAGCAUGCUGGAAGAAUCCAAAGCAUCUGGUCCAGACUUCAGGAGAGAGGCCUCAGGAACCAGUGUGAGUGUAUCCGGAGCAGAAAGGCAACUCUGGAGGAGCUUCAGUCUGUCCACUCUGAGAAACACGUCCUGCUGUACGGCACCAACCCACUCAACCGCCUCAAACUGGACAACCGCAAGCUGGCUGGAAUCUUAUCUCAAAGGAUGUUUGUGAUGCUACCUUGUGGAGGAGUUGGAGUGGACAACGAUACGAUCUGGAAUGAGACACACACGUCGACGGCGUCUCGCUUGGCGGCAGGCAGCGUGACGGAGCUGGCGCUCAGGGUAGCACAGGGAGAGCUGAAGAAUGGCUUUGCAGUGGUGAGGCCCCCUGGACACCAUGCAGGUCGCUCUACCCCCUUGGGUUUCUGCUUCUUCAACUCCGUGGCCAUCGCAGCCAAGCAGCUCCAGCACAAACUCAGCAUCAACAAGAUCCUCAUUGUGGACUGGGAUGUUCACCAUGGCAACGGUACCCAGUCAGUGUUCUACAACGACUCCAGCGUGCUGUACAUCUCCCUGCAUCGCUAUGACAAUGGCAACUUCUUCCCCGGGAGCGGGAACCCAGCCGAGGUUGGAGCAGGAGCAGGUGAGGGCUUCAAUGUCAAUGUGGCAUGGAUGGGAGGCUUGGACCCUCCCAUGGGCGACGCUGAAUACCUGGCAGCAUUUCGGACUGUGGUGAUGCCGAUUGCCCAUGAGUUCUCUCCUGACAUGGUGCUGGUCUCAUCUGGUUUCGAUGCCGUCAAGGGACAUCCGGCGAAGCUGGGGGGCUACAAAGUGUCGGCCAAGUGUUUUGGCUUCCUGACACGUCAGCUGAUGGGGCUGGCGGGGGGCCGGGUUGUCAUGGCACUGGAGGGGGGUCACGACCUCACGGCCAUCUGCGAUGCGUCGGAGGCCUGCGUCCGCAUCCUGCUGGGCACUCAGGUCAGUAGACACAGAUCUAAGACCAGCUUAACCCUCUGUAAAUUCUAA